AUGAGCAGAAGUGUAUCGCCACUGGAGCCGUGGCUCCAGGAGAUCUUCAGCCGUCCCUGGCCCAUCCAGGAGGCAUCUUACAUCCACUACGCCUUGUGUGGCCAUAUCGCCCUAUUCGAUGCCAACAUGGCACCACGGGAUGUCCAGCACUUCGAGAUGCAGGCCAGAUGGAAAGGGCGCACCGAAAAUGGCGCUUGUCCCACAUGCAAGCGCGCAGCAAGACGCGUUGCUGCCGGUGAGCAGAGUGCCAUCGAAUUCUCAACGUGUAGCAUUAAGCCCAUUGUGGCUACGCUCAGCGAAGGCUGUUUGCACAUGUCGUUUACGAGAGAUGGGAUCUUCAGCUACGACCCGUUUUUCGGUUUCGAGAACAAUUCUUACAUCGUGGGUAUCGUCAAAAGUCCCACCAUGUGUCACAUCUGCUCCGAAACCCAGGCCUAUCCAGGGUCCUUCCAUCCCUUGGGCGCUGUUACUGUCCCUGUCGAGGGUCCCGGUCCCCGCGAAGCAAUCCCUGGCUCGAAAGACACCCCGUUUGUUAUCGAUGACGAUGAUGAUGAUGAUGCUGGAGCCGAACAGAUCACGGAGGAUGACGGGAGAUUCGGAGGUGAAGGAGACGAGGGAGACGAUGGAGAGGGGGAGGAAAAAGGAGAGGGAGAGGAGGAUGGCGAUGCUAACACACGCCCUACUGCUGGACCCUCGACCACCGACCUUCACAACCUCAACCAGUCCCAUGAUCCUCCAUUGGCCUACUACAAGAUCGGCUCCGGGACCACUGGUGUUCAAAACGGCCUGACGCACCCUGUCUGGGGUCUUGACUAUCUCAAGAAGAAGUCAGAAGAAAGAUACUAUUGCCAGCAUCGCGACUGCCCACACCAUAACAGCAGAUACGGUGAUCUGCUGAAGCACGCGAUGAACCUGAGGGGCCACACUCUGCCACUUCCGCACGCGCGCUUAUCAGCUCGUCUAGCAGCCAUCGCCAGGGACAAGGGCCUCCGUGAGAGGAACACUGGCCUCGGCCAUGCUAACGGUAGACGGCGAACGCUAAACGACCGUAUACCACUACGACUCGCACCGCCCUCUGCCGGUCCCCCAGCAAGCAGCGCCGUGGCAAACAACGAGCCUACGAGUAACAUCCCAGUCACCUGCGAUCUUCUCAAAGCUCUUCCCGCUGGGGGUCAGGUGCACAUCGCUCACGAUGGUCUUGAGUCCGAUAAACACCUUGAGGUUCUUGACGCGGAAGAUGAUGACGAGGAAGGAGAGAGUGCUACUGUGCCUCCAUCUGCCGAUCCUGCUAUCAGCAACGCCCAACUAGCCCUCAAUACUCUUCCUGCUGGCCGUCAUAACUCCGGUGCUGUCGCUGCUACUGUGCCUGCUGUAGCACCGACCUGGCCUCCUGGUUGGAACCCUCCAGUUGACACAACUAUUACGGACUUGGCUAUCAUUCAUAACGGAAGGAAGCUUCCAACAAUGGAUUGUCUUGAAUAUUACAACAUGCCUCCCAAAUUCACGCUUGUUCACAAGGCUAGCGGCACCUUCCCCGGUCGCAAGGCUGCACAAGGCAGCAAUGAAUCUGCCACCGACACCAACAACGACGAGGAUGGGGAUGUUAACAUGGGUGAAACCGAGGAGAACAUCCAGGUCCCGGUUACGCCUCUGCCUGCCCCUGUCAUCGAUGCUGAUGAUGAAGAUCAAGGAGACGUCCCUGACUCUCCCGUCUAUGAUUCUGACGACGACUAUGUUGUCCCCUCGAACAUGACCGACGCCGAAGCUGCCAUCCUGGCUGAACAGUUACACGAACAAACACGUACGGAGAUGCGAGUUGCCAUGGAGGAUCGCCUUAGAGCCGAGGCGGCAGCAGCCCACCAGCGACUUGUCGAGAACCAACACAAUCCGACUGCCGAGCAGGCCGCAGAGUGGGCUCGUAUCGACGCUGAGGAACUCGCUCGACUCCGGAGAGUCAUAGUCCCAGGUAAUGCAGAGGGACAAUGGGCAUUGGAUGGCAAUGGUAACGACGUGAUUGUCAACGCCCAUGGCAGAAACAUUGCAUGCCACAACUGCAGAAAGGCUAGGAAGCCGUGCAAAGGCGUGCCCUGUCAAACCUGCCAGAGAAAGGACCUUGUAUGCUCGCACUACGAUGGUCCCGUCAUCGGAGCUCACCAGGACUGGAAAGACGGUGGCCGUCAGGGUCCUCAGCCUAGUAAGGGUCUUGCUAAGGCAAGAAACCCCAUGCCUCCGCAAUGA